CACCAUCGAUGCCUGAACCUGAAUGAGAAUGAGGAAGUGCACACAGUCACAAAGUUGCUGAGAUGUUGAAAGCUUGUUUUUUUGGUAUUGCAGUUGCUUGUAGCAGGUGUGAUCACGAUCUACUUCAGCUUCGUUUUUUUUUGUCCACCGAGAAUUCAGAUGAUCGCGAUCGUGUCAUGUCUCGACUCUUUCGCUUUUUUUCGAACUAUUAGUUUGCGACUGCGCUCGAGUCACCUUAUGAAUCGAUAGUCUCUACUUUCACUCUCCUCAUUUAUCAGUUACUCUCUCUCUGUUUCACUUUCAGUUACAGCUACAUGCUACAAGCAUUCCUUUGAGUUUCUGUUUCAAGCUCAACUUCCACCCCCCAUCCAUCAACUACAGCGAAUUGUCAAGCUGAUUCUCAUUUCCUACUUCUCUCCCACUUCCAACAAAUCUUAGCGAAAAAGAGAGAGCGUUAUCUCCCACAUUGUGAGAGAUCAGCAUCAACUUCAACAAACCUAAACCUCGAAAGUCUCUGACUUACUUCUACUUCUACUUGUAUCUCAAUUUCUGAAAUCAAAAUCGAAUUGGUAUCGUAUUCAGACUCAAGCUAUUCGCUACUAGUACUACUUUUUAGAGUGUACUUAAUACUUGUAGUUCUUCUCCGUCACUUGAAUUGAUCAACGACCACAAGCAAACUAAAUAGAUCUAGACCUAGUCCUACUUCUAUCACGAUCAUCAAGAUGAUGCCUUUUGGAGGACAAGGCGCGUCCAGCUUUCUGCGCGCAGCCGCGAACAGGACCAGCAAUGUUGUUCAUUCUGGGGCGGAAGUGUGGCGUCGUCGCCGCGAACGUGUCACGAAUGACAGCCAGUUCAUCAACGAAUUUGAAGGAGAUUAUGGCCCACACUUCGACUAGAUCUAGUUCUUGUUCUAGACGUAGACAUAUAACUAUAACACCGCUUGUGGCUAGUUCUAUGCGCCACUUAUUUCACUUGUCGCUGUCUCGCAAUCGCAUUCACAUUCACACUCACUUGCUGCAGAGAUUGGAGUAGAAGUAGAAGUAGGGGCUGUAGGUCGAGGCGUAGGCAUAAGCGCAACUUAUACGGAAGUAGGAGGGGCUUGGUUAAAGAUGAGGGGCCAGCUGUGCCUGGGCUCUUAUUCCUAUUUUUUUCUAAUCUUGAUACGCGAAGGGAUCUGUUCGCUUCAUGACGCCCGAUGACGUUGCCCGUUUCAAGACCCAGAACUGGAAGGUGAAUGAACCCCGCGACGAGUCUCAUAUUGAGCAUUUCAUCCCUGUGUGCGAAUGUUAUGGCUUUCGAAUGUAGAUGCUUUAUAUUUAUUUGGAUUUGGGUACUACGGCUAGAUCUAGAAGUAGGAGUAGAACCAGGCAUACUGGCAAUGCUCACAGUCGUAGUCUUAUGAGCAGCCUUAUCGUCCAUAUCCAAAUCAGUGACGGUUUUCCUUUUCUUCUAACCUAACACGAUGAGUCCGGAUUUGGCCAAGCAAUAUAUUCAAGAUGGGACUUUCAAGAAGGAAGACCGUACGCACUACGUCCGAACAGCCAAAGGUACUAAACUAUUGUGAAUUUUCUGGUGUGUUCUUCUUCCAUUUACAGCUACAUCUACAUCUACUUCCAUAGCUUCUAUUUCGCGUAGAGCCUUGCUCCUAUCCCGCAACUAGAACGAAUCACACUGCCAUUCCCAUAAACGUAAUCAACUACACACUCAGUUUUUGUUGCCGCGGAGGACGGGGAGGAACUGGAGCUCGUCGCGUUAAGGAAAUAGAGUAGCGUCUGUAUCGUUGUCCUUGUCUGAUUCUCUGACUGUGAACUCGAUUAAUAUUAAAAGUAGACUCUUAAGUUGCAGUUGGACUUGGAGAGCUACUCGUAGAGUCAUCAACUCUAUCACUAUCUCUAUCUCUAAUAAAUGGGGGACAUCGUGGGAUGGCUCUCGCUUUCAAGUACCACGAAAAGGGCGCUGAGUGGGUUGGGGAGCUUCUAUUGAAGAUGAAGACUACUUAUAUAUACUUUUUUACAGCUAAGUAAAACUAAUAGUUGUGAUUGUUUCUGGUCUUUGCUAUAGAUCCUCCUCAUCGACCAACUUACUCAAGUCUCGACCAACCUCAAAACUCGUAAAGAAUCUACUUGCUUUUCAUUUUCUACACACAGAUCCUGAUUUUAAGCCAGCGCGUCAUGGAGGACGAAAAUCGGGAAGCCCUUGUCCACUACCGUUAAGGCUUAUAACUAUUAGGCUAAGGCCUAGUCCUAGUGCUAGCAUUAUUAGAAGUCGAGGUGAUGCCGAUGGCAAUGCUUGUGCUCCAUUUUCCGAACUACUUUAUGUAUCAGGAUAGGAGAUGAUGGAAGUAGAAGCUGAGAUAGAAAUAGGCAUGGACAUGCCCCAUAGAAUGAAUCUUAUCUGAAGCCUUCCCCUUCCCUGUUCUACUUCUAAUUCUUUGAUUGCGAUAACGAUUCCGUGGACGGCUUGGCGCCGCAGAUUCCUGACAUCUUGGACGCGCUCCCUGGUCUUAUGCAGAACUAUCUUCAAAACCCGGAUGGUUGUGGAAACGAUUACGACUACGUCGUCAAAGUAUUUUUUCUUUGGAAAGUUGUGGUAGUUGCUGGUGUUAAUGCACGGCCAAAGUUCUUGAAAUUAAAAACUAUUAUUUACACUGUUUGCUCUACUCGUUUCUACUAUUAGUCCAAAACCAAAAAAAUAAAACUAAAAGUAAAACGAAAACUGCGCAUCUCAUUCUCAGUGUCAAUCUCUUUCAGAAUAAGUACCCUGGAUUGGGUAAGUCGCGAUAUGUUUGGCUAAAAGAAACGGCUAUGACGAAGGGUUGGUUUGCGAAAGGAUCCCUGUCCAGAGUCAAGGCGCGCCGUUUUGGAUCGGGAGUUAUGGAUCUGGUUCGAGACUUAUACACUUAGAUUUAUAGAUGUGCACUGGAGUACUACUUUUGCCUAAUAGGAUUAGAAAUUAAAGCGAGAAACUGAAAAAAGAACAUUUUCUGAACAAGAGGAAACACUUUUCAAGUUCGACUUCCAUCAUUUUUGUGUCUAAUAGAAGCGAGGUGAGCUCCGUCAUGAGGCAGCAGUGCGAUUCUUUUAAAUGUGCACCGGAUGGACGCACAGACGAAGCGCUUGCUGUCAUCUUGACGCUCAAAGGCACAAAGGGGAUUUCUAUCAAUGGUUCGAGAGGCGACGGGGUCAAGUGCAUGGAGCUCUACUUCGCCAACGCAACGCAUAUCAAACCGGGAGAAUCCGUCGCGACCAUUGUGCUGCCAGAGUUCGACAAGGUGAUGGACAAGAUCGUGACCGUGUUGCAAGAACGCGAGAAGAAGCGUCUCAGUGAAAAGAAGACCUCACUGAAAACCGGAGAAUCGACCGAGGGUCUAAAGGUAUUUAUUGUAUUUUCAAGGGUCUCCAUCUACAAACAUACUAGUAGAGAGUUCCGCAUCACCUGCUAGAUAUGUGUCUUCUGUGCCAUCUAAUAGUAAUAGCUCGGCUAUUUACAAUUACAAAGGACUUCGACUUGCUUUUCUAAUUCUAUCUAUCCUCUAUCCCCCAACCACUCCAGACGGAGCCGAAGGAUUAUGGUCUGGUGUUGCCAGAGGGUGUUCCGGUUUUUACGCCCGGACUUGUGGUGUCGAAGGUGAAAGAGAACGCACAAUCCGACGACAAGUAUCUCAUGCUUUGGCGCAGGGUUGAGGAUUUUGCUGCAGAUGCAAACUACGAGAUCGCUGAAGGAAUCUACCACGUAUUUCUAUAUAGAUAUAGAGAUCGUUCUUUUUUUAUCUAAUAGAUUUCGACUCUCUGACUUCUGACUCAACUUCCCCUACCGUCUCGGCCUCGAGCUUCGUUUCAUUUUCGAGACAGCCUUUUUUUAUAACAUGCGACUCAUCAUCCUACAUGUGCACGAUUUUGAAUUUCUGCUAACUAUUAGUUUUAAUAUACUCUUUCAACUUCUCUCACAUUCAGUUUAUGAAGGAGGGAGAAACGUUCGAGUUCACAGAGGAGAUCCCAGCUGGUGCUAUGGUCCGCCUUGUCACCCAGAGCAAGCAUACUCCUCUGAGCAAGUCGGUUGGCCGUGUGCUGCAGGCUUGUGAGGCGCCGAAGGGGUGGCACACGGGGCUGCAGAGGGUCCUCGACAAGGCCACCAUCAAGGUUCUGUGCGAAAAGACCCUUCGCCGACGCUUGGUGCACAAGCUCAACAAGGAGACCCUCUUGGCGAUCAAAGCGGGAAACAAGAAUAAGGAUGAUGAGAAGUCCACUACUACUACUACUACUACUACUACAACAUCUACUGGUUGCAAAAAAGGAGGAAAGGGCAAAAAGAACAACAAGAAGGACACGGAGAUCAACAAGACCGUGAUCAAAGCAAGCGACAAGAUCAAGAAGGCAUCUAAGUCGACCGUGGUCGAGUCUGUCGUUGAGGAGCCUGUCGCUGCGGGGCCGAAGACUACUGCCAAGGGUGGGCGCGGGAUGAAGAAGGCCUCUACUGCUAGCGCGGCUGGAUCUGGUGCUGGAAACUCGUCUACCUCUGCGGCCAGCAGCAAGGACCACCCGAUGCCCGAUGCUCCUCUGGGAACCACGUCUGCGGAAGAGCAAUCCAUGAAGGUGGAUGCCGAUGCGCAGCCGGAGGAACAGGAAGGAGAAAAAAUGUCUGAUGGAAAAGGAAAAAAGAUGAUGAACAAGAAGUCCUCCAUUACUGGGGCAAGCACCAACGCUGCGGCUCAGACCGACGUCAUGAACGACGAAACCGUCUCGACGUUGCAGCUGCUCAAUCAGCAGGCUAACGACUUCAAGGCAGAGGUCAAGGCCAACAUGAAGUGGAUGCUGGAGGAGGAUAGUAGCAAGACCACUAUGGCGACGAUCAUGAACCAAACGUUUUCGGGUGUGGCAGCCAAUUGGGCGCCCCUUUUUAAAGAGGUGUACAGUAUCCAGGAGGAAGCAGUUUUCAAGGUACUAAAAUUAAAAUUUAUUUUGUUGCUAUAGCAGUCGCCAUUUGAAUUCGAGCAGUAGCACUAAUGUAAUAGCGUCUAUUUCUAUGAACAAAAUUUAUUAUAGAUUAUCUUUAUCAUCUAAUACUAAUAGUUUCUUUGUCUGUCGGUCAUGGUAUAUAAUCUUAUUCAUUCUCUAUCAAUGUCAAAGCCACAAAUCAGUUUGCCACGGACACCCUGGCGGUGAACGAAGCGUCUCUGCCAACCAAGUUGAUCAGCCCUGCCGGUUUGUUCCGCACUGUCAAGGACUGCACCGAGAUCAAAUAUGGGGACAUGGCGAAUGGUGUUCUCCUGAGUGGCCGCGCCAUUUAUGGAAACUUCGUCUUUUAGUAGUGCUAGCAGCUAGCUAGUUCUAGUUCUUUCGAUCGUGUUUUUAUUUGUCUUCGAAAUUAAAACGCAUGUAAUAUCUAUCACUUCACACAGUGGGAGUUGCUCUUUGGUGAUGGUGAUUUUGGUUUUAAGUUGGCUCUAAUAGAUGCGCAACGGCAUCACUGAGAGCAUCCAGCUGCGUUUCCGUGCGCAGCUGAAGCCCAGCACCAUGGCGUCUAUUAUGGGACUGAAGACGAAAGGUGGAAAGAACAAAGCGAAAGGCCUGGCGGACGCUGAGAUGCCCGGUUUGGAUGGCAGCGAGGUGCUUACUUCUAUUUGAUAUCGGUCCUAUAUCUUAUCCUCAACUAAUAGUUGGUGAGUCUACUCCUCCUCCUGAGCUAAUAUUGAUAACUUGAUCUCCUCUAUUAGAGACUGAGAACGAAAACCAUGACUCACGCCUGCAACUACAGGAAGCGGCAAAGCGUUUGUUUGAGGUGUACGAGGAGCCGUGGAAGAUCAUGUGCGUGGAGUGGAGCUUCAGCGUUCCCGACGAGGAAAUUAUGGAAUCUAAUAGGAAUAGUAAUAGAGGUCGUUUACAACUAUUGUUUGUGCGUGUAUCUUCUCGUUCUCUCAUCUUGUUCCCAUUAGUCGUCUCAUCUUCUAAUCAUUAGAGCGAGUCCGGCCUUUCCAUCGCGAUCCCGAUGCGCAAGAAGAAGUCGCCGCUGGAAGUGAAAGAAGAGGAAGAGGAAGAGGAGGCGCCGGUCCAGAGAAAGGUGAAGGGUGGCCUUUAA